AUGACGUUUACAGUUAGGCUUUCAAGAAAACAAAGAUUCCCUUUCUUUCUCCACCAAACCAUGUCCAGAGCUCAGCGUGGACUCUGCUUUCACUCCGAGCCUCCGUCACCACCUCUACCACCGCUGCCUUCUCCCUGCUCCAUCUCAGCCUGCCCGCCGCUCCAGACCACACACACAUACACACUAAACAUGGCAGAUCUCCAGGCACAGUUCGAGAGCGCCGCCGCAGACGUGAAGAACCUGAAGGCCAAACCCGCGGACGAGGAGAUGCUCCGGGUCUACUCUCUGUUCAAGCAGGCCUCAGUGGGAGACGUCAACACAGCUCGCCCCGGAAUGUUGGACUUCACCGGGAAAGCCAAGUGGGACGCCUGGGAGAAGCAGAAAGGCAAGAGCAAGGACGACGCCAUGAAGGAGUACGUGGACCUGGUGAACGAACUCAAGACCAAGUACGGCUUCUGA